AUGAGACUUAUCCUGGACGAGGAAAAAUUACUCUGCUCGGGAAACACCAUGGCCCUCAAAGACGGUAGAAACAUCUCGUUCAGGAUUUCCACAUACACUCGGGUCUCGUUGAGCGACGGGUGCUCUUUCUUAGUGUUUGCGUGGAUCAGCUGGUGGUGGUGCGCAUGCGUGAGCGGGGAAUGCGCUCUCCACUUGCCGCGCGGGGGGGCGCCGACGAGCUCCUCCCUCAGCCACCAUCUUCUGAACGACGUUCUCCUUGCUGCAUCUCCGGCGUCGGUGUGCAUCACCUACAGCGACAUAGAAAAGGCCCUUUUCGCUACUUCCUCAAAAAUAGCGGUGACCCAGCCCGAGGGCGAAUGGACCCCCGACGACCUUGCGCCGGUCGGGGAGCUCCUGCUGGAGACCUCGCGAAUCAUCGCUCUGCAGCACGGCCUAACAGCCUCGGAAGUGGCUCACUACCUGCCGCAGGUGGACAUGAUGAAGACAUCGGUGGCAAGCAUCUGCCCCGCCUUCGCCUCCCCCACGCUCUGCACGCCGGGCAAAUACCGCCGCAUCGACGGCCUCUGCAACAACGUCCACCACCCGACCUGGGGCGCCACGCGCUCCGUCUUCCAAAGGUUCCUGCCUGCGGCUUAUUCGGACGGCAUCAGCGCCCCCCGCCAGAGCUCGGCGCGUGGGGCCUCGCUCCCCAGCCCCCGCCUGGUCUCGGCCAUGGUCCACCGGGACGAGGGCUUCCAUGACCACGCCGCCACGCUCAUGCUCAUCGCGUGGGGCCAACUCAUGGACCACGACUUCACCCUCACCGCCAUGUCGCUCGACCCGGUGAGCCGCAACGAACCGCAGGGCUGCUGCGCCCCGCCGGCCGGCCUCAAGAACCCCUACUGCCUGGAGAUCGACGUUCCCCACGACGAUCGGUUCUUCGGCCUCUUCCGCUUCCGAUGCAUCGACUUCGUGCGAGGAUUCCCAGGUGUCCCGCAGAACUGUCGACUAGGGCAACGCAACCAGAUCAACAUCCUGACCGGAGUGAUAGAUGGCAACACUGUCUAUGGUGGGACUGACGAAGAGGCGAGAGCACUGCGCAUGGGCGUGGGCGGUUUGCUGCGCCAUUACGACCACUUCCCAGGAACGGACAUGAAGGAACUCCUCCCCCUGAAAACAGACAUUCCUGACGAAGGAUGCAUUCGAGAAAAUGGCUCACAAUUGUGUUUCCUUGCGGGAGAGAUCCGGGUGAACGAGCAACUGAUCUUGACGUGCAUGCACACGCUCCUCAUGCGAGAGCACAACCGGGUAGCGAGCCGGCUCUCCCGCCUCAACCCGCACUGGGACGACGAGGCGCUCUACCAGGAAACUCGAAGAAUUGUGGCUGCAAUAAUACAACACAUCACUUUCAACGAGUUCCUGCCCCAACUGCUGGGGCGAAAUGUUAUGGAACAGUAUGACCUCAUACUGACCAAAAAGGGUUAUUGGGACGGCUACGACCCAUCUGCGGAUCCUUCGAUCUCGGCCUCCUUCGCCGCCGCCGCCUUCCGCUUCGGCCACUCGCUCCUCCCGUCGUCGGUGGAGCGGUGGAGUCCAUCGCACAAAUUCAUCGCCUCGAAACGCCUCCACAAGCUGAUCCGGCAGCCGUUCGACCUGUUCCGAGCCGGUGUCCUGGACGAGUACUUCCUAGGGAUGCUCAACCAGCCCGCGCAGGCCAUGGACGACUCCAUCACGCAGGAGGUGACCCACCACCUGUUCGCGGAGCCUGGCGAGCGUCACGGCCUGGACCUGGUGUCGUUCAACGUACAGCGCGGGCGGGAGGUCGGCAUUCCCGGCUACGGCGCCUGGAGGUUUACCAUGACCAAUGGAAAUCCAGAUGCCUUCUAUGUACCCACCUGGGCCAUACUCAAAGUGCUCAGAUUCAAAUUUGGACUCGUCAACGUGCUUCCUGUUUGCUUCACGUAG